AUGACUACUUCGCUUCUGGUGUUCUCAGCCUCCGACCUCGCCUAUGAAGUUUCCACUUUUAGCAUCGCUGCUUCCUUCUUCUGCAUGGUGUUUGAGACCUCCUCCAAAUACACCUUGAGUUUCACUAUUGAGCCCAAUGGCGUGUACAUUUAUUCCGGCCACGUCUCGAGAAUGCCAUACAUACUUUCGAAUUUGACCAUAACAUAUUUGGCCGUGGCGAGGUGCCUCUGUGUGGCUAAGCCGAUUUUGUUUAAAAACAUGUUCGGGGUCAAACUGACCGUUUAUCUUCUCAUCACCUUCGGAGUCUUCUCGGUAAUAAGCUAUCUCCCAGUAUUGGACUUUAUUGACAUGUCCCCACAAUACAGCGCCCUCAUCAACGCCACAAGACUUUCCCUAUGGGUGUCGCCGAAUAGACAACUGGUCAUCAAGGUGGUUUGGGUAUAUCGUGAUGAUGUGAUGCCGUUUGUCAACCAGAUCAUCAUCAGCAUCUUUGAGGUCGGGAGUACACUGCAGCACAGUGACCUCGCUUUCUCAUUUAAAGAUGGGAGAACUGCUUUCAAAAGACAACAAAUAGAAAAUACUUCAACACCAAGUGUCAAGGACUAUCAAGUACUUCAGCAAGUGGUCACUAUCUCAGUGAUAUCUACAUACUUUGUAAUAGUCUAA